AGGCGGGUCGGAGAGAAGCCGGAAGUGGCGGCCGCGUGGGCAGUGCGGAGCCAUGGGCCGGGGAAGGAGAAGGUGGUCAACAUGAAGCCCAAGCACCCCGACGAGCAGGAGAUCCCGUUCCGCCUGCGAGAGCUGAUCAAGAGCCGCGAGGCCAUGAAGCGUCCCGGCCCCGGGAAGCGGCGGGUGGCAGAGAAGAAGCAGCAGCCCAAGUCCAAGGGCCCCAAGGCACAGGGAGACAUCCCAGUGCCCAAGUUCCGGAGGGGGAAGGGGGAGUCGGAGCGCUCCUACAUCUACCGCAUGGAGCAGGAGGUGCAGCGUGUGCUGUUCCUCUCCAAGAACCAGCAGCAGCGGGAGCCUGAGAAGCAGGGGAUGGCACCAGAGAAGUCCAAGAGAAAAAAAGAGUUUCAGAAUAAGAAGCUGGAAAAAGCUCGAAAGAAGAAGGAGGAGAAGAAAGAGGCCAUGCUGGAGAAGAGCCUGCUCCAAGACACGGUGGCAUUCGGGGAGGUGGUCACACAGCCACCCACCAUCACCUCACGGCCACGGGGCCGGGGUCCCGCUGAGCAGGCUGGACGGAAGCGGCUCCUCCUGACAUCCCGCCUGGGCCAGAGCCAGGUGUCCCUGGUGUCCCCAGCAGCACCCGUGUCCAUGGCGCGCCGGCGCAUCGUGGAGGAGGAGAGAGCCCGUGUCAUCCAGGCCUACAGGGACAUCCAGAGGCGCAAACAGCAGCAGCAGGAGGUGGCACAGGCCAGGGGCCAGGCUGGAUGCAGGGUGCCCCGCUGAGCCCAGUCUGGGGGAGCUGGGAUGCCCUGGUCCCAGCAAGGGGUGCAGGCAGCGUGGGACCCCAGGACUUGAGUGGGAUGGUUGGCCUGACCCUCCUCGUCUGUUGCCAAGCCUUGGGGCUCCCCGCAGCCUCGGUGCCAGAGCUGGGACCCCUGCAGUGCCAUGGACUGUGGGCUUGGUGCUGGAUCUGGGAUCCCUGUGGUGCCACGGACUUGCUUGGAGUAAAAGUGCCUCCGAGUGCU